CCUAAAGAAGUAGCUGACAUUUUUAACGCCCCUAGUGAUGAUGAGGAUUUCGUCGGCUUCCCAGAUGAUGUUCCCAUGGAAACUCUCUCAUCAGAAGAGAGCUGUAAUAGUUUUGACUCAUUGGAGUCAGGGAAAAAGCAGGAUGUAUGCUUCCAUUCCAAGUACUUCACAGAGGAGCUAAGGAGAAUUUUUGUAGAAGACACUGACUCAGAGACAGAAGAUUUUGAAGGAUUUCCGCAGAGUGAUCUGAAAGUAAACAGUGACUCAGAAGUAAUGUGCAUGGAGUCAGAUUUCAGUGAUGACAGCAAAGCAUCUUCAGUGAGUGAGGAAGAGGAAGAAGAAGAAGAAGAAGAAAAGGCUACAUCUAGAAGCAGGCCUAGAAGAAGCAGCCUCGGCCUUCGAGUAGCCUUUCAGUUCCCCACCAAGAAACUGGCAAGUCAGUCAGAGAAGAAAAGCAGUUCCUCAGAGCCAUCCCGCUCUAGCUCCUGCCUCCAGGGUAAGAAGAAGGCAGUUCUUGGCAGAGAGAGGAAGCAGAGGGAAGAGUCUGUUUCUGAGUCUGAGGAUGACUCCAGGGAUGAGGACCCAGAGAGCUCAGAUGCCCUGCUGAAAAGGACCAUGAACAUCAAGGAGAACAAAGCCAUGCUUGCUCAGUUACUGGCUGAACUGAACUCUAUGCCAGAUUUCUUUCCAGUGCGAACCCCCAACUCAGCUUCGAAGAAAACUGUGCGGCGGGCCUUCUCGGAGGGACAGAUGCCACGACGCAUGAACCCCACCCGGAGUGCUCGGCCUCCGGAGAAGUUCGCCUUGGAGAGCUUCACUGUGUCGACUGCCAACUUUGCAGAAGAGUUAUACAGUUUCAGAAGAAGGAAGACAAUUAGUGGGGGGAAAUGCCAGGGGUACAGGCGACGUCGCCGUGCCUCUUCUUUUCGGCCUGUGGAGGACAUCACCGAAGAGGACUUAGAAAACGUGGCCAUAACUGUCCGAGAUAAAAUCUAUGAUAAAGUUCUGGGCAACACUUGCCAUCAGUGUCGGCAGAAGACCAUUGACACCAAGACGGUGUGCCGGAACCAGGGCUGCGGAGGCGUGCGGGGGCAGUUCUGUGGGCCGUGUCUGCGGAAUCGCUACGGGGAGGAUGUGAGAUCAGCUCUGCUGGACCCGGACUGGAUGUGUCCGCCUUGCCGUGGGAUCUGCAAUUGUAGCUACUGUCGGAAGCGUGACGGCCGCUGUGCCACAGGAAUCCUCAUUCAUUUGGCCAAGUUUUAUGGCUACAAUAACGUGAAGGAGUAUCUGGAGAGCUUACAAAAGCAGCUGGUAGAAGACAAGUAA